CAAGUAGGAGUCGAAGUCAUGGACCAAGAUCUCCCUGUGCUAGGUGCGGGACAAACACAGAACAAGGAUGGUCCAUGCUUCUAAUGUGAAAGAAGCACUACCCAAGGAUCCUGUACAACCUUGCCACUCGUUGGAACCAGGAGACUGGGUCUACAUAAAGGUCCAUCAACGAAAGACUGCUCUGGCUCCACGCUGGAAAGGCCCUUUCCAAGUCCUGUUAACCACCAACACUGCUGUGAAGUGUCAAGGACUACCUGCCUGGACCCAUGCGUCUCACUGCAAAAAGACCCCUCCACCUUGGGAGGACACUCCUGCUGAUGACCAACGUACUACUUCUUCCAGCCCUACUGUACCUACUGGACAGCGAGGAAGGAGGACAAGGUGAAGUGCUAGCAACCUCUCCCUUGUCCACUGACAGACCUACUGUGCCUUUGAAUUUUUCUAAAGGAAUUCCAACAUUACAGGGUGAAGUGCUAGCAACCUCUCCCCUAUAUCAUGCUAAACCACAAUUAUCCUGGGAAAAGAAAAGAAGAAACAUUCGUUCUGCAGAAACCUCCAAACUCCAGGGAUUCCUGACCACAAGAGACAUUAAGAACUGGCCCUGGUGGAAGAAACGAAGCAUUGUUACUUGGCAAGGAGGAAACUGUGGUGAUCAUUCUUGGGAAUGUGGGAUUGAAUGGUGGUUUGGAUUUCUUCCAGGGGAAGGGCUUUGUGCUUAUGGACAAGUACCUCGGGGAUGUACUGCCCUCCCUAAUUGGCUUUCAGAUGAUGAAUACCGAAAGCACCUUGCUACCACAACUGUUACCCCCACUAGCCCCUCAACCCUUGCCAUCACCUCUGUAAUUUAUCCAGAUACAAACAAAAUUGUACAUUCUAAUGAAAUUUAUUGGCCAAGGCCUUCCCAUCUUAGUGACCUAUUAGAAUAUUGCUCAGAAAGAUUAUUUUUUAAGGUUCACAGGAAUUCAUAUGAGCAAAUAAUUGAGUGGAAAACAAAUGGAUCAGUAGAAAUAAAGAUCCACAAUAUUACUGCAAAUGAAUCCCAAAAAUUUAUAAUUGGAAUAGAUGGGUUUCAUAGUGAAGUAGAUAUGAUGGCUAUCCCUGGAAUUUGUACUAUGCUACCUGAAAGAGGCCCUUAUUGUUAUUUGGUCACCCAAUUAGUGAAUGAUCAAACGAAUACCCAAAGAGUUUGUUCUGCCACUAGAAAUUUUACUUGUAUUGAAACCAUUCCAGUGAUUGAUAAUGUAACCUGUACCUUAUUGCAAUACACACCCUCUUAUGCUAUUAAUAUUAAUGCCUCCCGGAAAUAUAUAAAGGUAUACAACCAACAGAUGUGGUAUAACCCUACACCAAAGAGAGAUGUAGCGGACUAUUGAUGGACUGUAAUCAACACUACACUAGGAACUGUUAAGUUUACAUUGCCCUUAUCUAAUUUCCAGAUCACCUCUACAUAUCCAAAUUGUUCACAAGGGGCUGCCAUUAGAUUAGCACAACAGAGGGCCUGGGUUAUUUCCUCUAGAAAGAAAAGGGACCUGACUGGAUCCUUAUGGGAUGGGGCCAACAGUGCAGCAGCAGUUUGGAAUAUUUUUAAGAAUCAAGAACAUGAUGAGCAAUUGGGUCAACUACAGAAGGCUACUGGCCUUAUUUCUGGAACUCAACUAACCCAAGUAGAGGCUGGAGUGGGUGAGUUACAUAUUCUUUCCGCCCUUAGUUCUAUGACCCAGAAAUUACUGAGAGAGAUGGUAUUGAAUAUCACUG